AUGGUUGGUUUGCAACAGCAGCGUCUCAAGGAGGAGCAUCGGCCUGAUGAGAAUGUGGAGGCGGCGGUGGCGGUGGCUGAAGGCGUAGAGCAGAACGGAGGCGGCGGUGGUGCGUCGUCAAAUGGCACACCCGGUUCGCCGAAGACGCGACUCGCAAUGCUCAAACGCUCCUCCACCAAAUCCAAA